ACUAUGUAUUUUUAGACAGUUUUAUUAUCUUUCUAACGUAAAGAUUUAAACUUUAAAUAUCUUAGUUGUGACUAUCAACUCUAGACAACAUGGCAAACGCUUGUUGUUUUAUUCUUUUUAUCGCUUUGUUAAGUAAUUGUGAGUGUGCAAGAAUUUUGAGUGUGUUUCCUUCUAUCGGGUAUAGUCAAUUUAAACUAGGUGAGCGGCUUAUUGAAGAGUUAGUCGCUAAAGGGCACGAUGUUACUGUUAUUAGUUUAUUUGAACCUAAAAAUCCUGAAAAUUAUACAACCAUUACAUUGAAGGAAUUAAAGGAGAUGUAUAACCCAGGGAGUGGCCCCGAACUGACUCAAGAUGUAGACCUUAUUACCGAUGUAAAGAUGGUAUACGAGGUUGGCUACUACAUAACAGAAGAAAUACUUAAACACGAAAAAGUACAAAAUCUGCUAAAAUCCGAUGCGAAAAUUGAUUUGGUUUUAAUGGAACAUUUUUUCAACGAGGCGCACAUGGGAUUUGCAAAACACUUUGACGCUCAUUUGGUGUUAUUAAGUUCAAUCGGGUUGUGCGAAUGGAACUAUAAUUUACUAGGGAAUUCGUUUUUACCAUCCAUAAAUAGUGUAUCAUUUCUACACCAAACUAAUUCUAUGAACUUUUGGGAAAGAUUGAAAAAUACUUUUGUUGGUUUAUCUAUUAAUUUGUAUCAAGACUUCGUAUCGUAUCCAAAACAGCAAGAAUAUCUGGAUAAGUAUUUUCUAGAGAAAAUGGACUUAAAAGACUUAAUGUACAGUGCAGAAUUAAUGUUGUUGAACUCUGACCCCAGCGUAGGCGAUAAUUUUGAAUCUAACAGAGCCACAAUAGAAAUAGGAGGAUUCCACAUUAAAGAAAAACCAUUGCCUGAACAGUUACAACGAUUUUUAGAUACAGCAGAGGAAGGGGUAAUAUUAUUUAGUUUGGGUUCAAAUGUAAAAAGUACAGAUUUGAGCAUAGAAAAAAUACAGGAUAUAUUAAACGUGUUUGCUGCUCUAAAACAAAGAGUGAUCUGGAAGUUUGAAGAUUUGGAUAUGAUUGAAGUACCAAAUAAUAUCAUUGUUUCCAAAUGGGUACCACAAACUGAUAUACUUGCUCAUCGCAAUAUGAUUGUGUUUAUAACUCAUGGUGGAAUACUUAGUACCACAGAAUCAAUAUUUUAUGGGGUCCCCAUGAUUGGCAUACCAUUAUUUGGAGAUCAAAGAAUGAACGUUGCCAGAUCUGUUAAAAAUGGCCAUACCAUACACUUGCCAUUGCGAGAUUUAAAUGCUGAAACAUUACAAACAGCUAUAGACGAAAUUUUAAAUAAUCCCAAAUAUCAAGCAAAUGCAAGAAAACGGUCUAAUAUUUUACGUGAUAAACCGAUUUUACCGAUAGAGUUAGCUAUGUUUUGGAUUGAACAUGUGCUUAGGCAUGAUGGCAUAGAUUACUUAAGAUCUACCUCAUUAGAUUUAAGUUGGUACCAAAAAUACUUAUUGGAUGUGAUACUAUUUGUAGUACUCAUUAGUUUAAGUUCUUUAGUUUUAUUUAUAUUUACAGUAAAAAAAAUUAUUUUAAGGAUUUAUUCACAAAAUAAUAAAACUGCUCUUACCUCCCACACGAAUGAAAAAAAGAAAAAGAAAAAGAAAAAUUGA